AUGAUGGGCCCCACGACCUCGGACGUGCACCCGACCAUGGCGGUCAAGAUCUUCUCCGCCGGAGUGGCAGCCUGUGUGGCAGAUGCGAUCACCUUCCCGCUGGACACAGCCAAAGUCCGGCUCCAGAUCCAAGGUGAAUGCCAGACCUCUAGUGCCAUCAGGUAUAAAGGCGUCCUGGGAACCAUCACCACUCUGGCCAGAACAGAAGGGACCAUGAAGCUCUACGGCGGGCUGCCUGCUGGCCUCCAAAGACAAAUAAGCUCUGCCUCCCUUCGGAUCGGGCUCUAUGACACCUGCCAGGAAUUCUUCGCCUCGGGGAAAGAAACCAGUUUAGGAAGCAAGAUCUCAGCUGGCCUAACAACUGGAGCAGUGGCAGUAUUCAUUGGGCAGCCCACAGAGGUCGUGAAGGUCAGACUUCAAGCACAGAGCCAUCUACAUGGCCUCAAACCUCGCUACACUGGGACCUACAAUGCUUACAGAAUUAUAGCAACAACGGAAGGCUUGACAGGUCUUUGGAAAGGGACUACUCUCAAUCUGUUAAGAAGUAUCAUCAUCAAUUGUACAGAGCUAGUAACGUACGACCUAAUGAAGGAAGCCCUUGUGAAAAACAAACUACUAGCAGACGACGUACCCUGCCACGUCGUGUCGGCCAUCAUCGCCGGAUUUUGCGCAACGGUUCUGUCCUCUCCAGUGGAUGUGGUGAAAACCAGGUUCAUCAACUCUCCACCAGGACAGUACACAAGCAUGCCCAACUGCGCGAUGACAAUGCUCACUAAGGAAGGACCGUCGGCGUUUUUCAAAGGAUUAGUACCUGCCUUCCUGCGACUCGGAUCCUGGAACGUCGUCAUGUUCGUGUGCUUUGAACAGCUGAAAAGAGAGCUGACGAGGUCGCGGCAGACCGUGGACUGUGCCACAUAAUUAAUCACCUUUAGGAAAAGGAUGCAACAUACCAGUGCGAGUCUUUGCCAACUGGAUAAUUAAAAACAACGAACAAAUGAACAAAACACUCUUCACUUUAUUUCACCCUAAAAA